AUGGGAACUGUGCUUCAGGUGGCAGCCUUUAGCAUGGUCGAAGUUGGAUAUGCAACUGGUGAUAUUGGUUAUGCAGUUCGUGAAAAUGUCAAGCGUGCAACAUUCAAGGUUCGCUCGCGUCAGGAAAACAUAAGUGGUGUCCUGCUACCCGCGUUUGCAGUUCAGUUAUCUACUUCGUCGGAUUCGAAAACUGACGGUGAUGCUGAGUCUUUCAAUGCGGCUCCAGCUGAGUUCAGUCUUACGGGUCUAUCACGAGGUGGUCAACAAGUGCAAAAGGCUCGUGAAACAUACACGAAAGCUCUCCGGGUUCUUGUGGACCUGGCAAGUUUACAGACGGCUUUCGUUAUUUUGGACGAGGUAAUUCGUCUAACUAAUCGCCGAGUUAAUGCUAUCGAGCAUGUCAUUAUUCCUCGCCUGGAAAACACGAUUGCGGUAUGUUUGACUAAAUCUAAUGUACAGUACAUCAUUUCCGAACUUGAUGAGAUGGAUCGUGAGGAAUUUUUCCGUCUUAAAAAGGUUCAAGGCAAGAAGAAGCGGGAAACCACCGACCAGAAACCGAAGGUGGAAGAGGAGGUGCAAGGCCAGCCAUCUUCGUCUUCGGCAGAGCCAGCUGCUGAAGCAGGAGAUAUGCUUUCUGCUGACAAGGACAACGAUGUGAUUUUCUGA